CUUGAACAUUGAAGAAGGGUUUCAAGUGCUGCCUUCUGAAGAGAUCGCGGUAAUCUGCCAAGGACGCCUACAUAGCUCCUGGGCAUUUGCUCCUAGGCUCCCAGACAUUUGCCCUUCCCUGCUACAAGGAGUUGGUCUUGGCCCCGGGUGGAGAUUGGGUUACGGUACAAGGAAGGACGGUGUGCCUCCAAUCGUAAACUGAAGUCCUAGAAUGGCGUCCAGAAAAGGGGAGGAGAUUGUGGUGACUGCCUUAGGCGAGCUGUAUAGCGGGCCAAAUGAGCGCAGGUACUGGAGCAGCAAGAGGGGGCGAGAUCGUUACCCAUAUCCCGUUGGCUACCAGGCCACUCGCGUGCAAGGGGGCCAUGAGUACAGAUUGGAGGUUGCUGAAGGACUAGAGGGUCCAGACUUUGUGGUGACUGACCCGCGAGGAGUACGCUAUGCUGCGGAGACGGCCCUCAGAGUCUGGUCUGUAGCAUUGAGGGCAAAUGGUCGGGCUGCCAGUGUCAAAGAGAAUACAGAUGGAGGAGAGAUUUUCGGUUUUACAAUGGUGAAGAAAUACCUUCAGGACCUGGUUGCUCGCACCAGCGGUCUCGCACCCGGUGCUCCGGAAGCCAGCUCAACUCCUCUGUCUCCCCUCGCGUGCAACACUCCCACCAUCUCUGGCUGUAGUAGGCGUGGAACCUUGAAACCAGCUCCAAAAUCCCUGCCUGCGAAAAGGCCUGCUUCCGCCAGAAGGGGUAGACGGGAUCCUAAGAAACAGAAAGGAGAGAGUCCGAACCCUGCUUCUCUUGUUGGGGCGGUGAGGCUAAAGGAGGCAGGCGGCGACCUCCCAGGGGUGAACCCAGUUCUGGCUUGUGACGAUGCGUCCCUGACUGGGAAUGCAAACAAUGAGGCCAAGAGGCAAAAGCUGGGGGAUCUGAAGUUUGCGAGCCCUGAUGGUCUGCGGGUUGCUGAAGCGCCGCCAGCAGAUCCUUUGCGCACAGAAGCUGCUCUUGAAGAGUCGGCGAAGUUGGGGAAGCAAUGCAGCGGGAGAAUUCGGGUUGCCUCAGAGGGCGGUCCGGGCCAGGGAGCAGAAACAGAAGGCUCAAAAGACGCCGUACAGAAGCGUCUGCAAUUGGUGCCAGUGGAAGGGAAGGCACUGCUGGCAAAGCGAGAGGAGCUGCAGAAGUCUCUGGAAGCGAACAGAUUGGCUCUAGCCCGCUCUCGAAAGGCCAGGCAGAGGAAGCUCGUUGAAAGCAGUGCACUAGACAGAUGCUUGCCGCCAGUUGAAGACGAUUGGAGAGAGCUGGCGGCAAAGGCGGAGGGGACAGAAGGAGCCUGCCAGAAUCAGGAGGGCAAGGAAGAACGGGCAGCACAAUUCGGAGCGGAGCAGGAAGCGGGUGUUGCGCGGUUAGAAACGAACGAGGGGCUCAGAAUUGAAGGGGCCUUGGUGGACAAGGAACAGGGGACUGAAGCGGACGAACGGACGGGAUCUGCGAGACACGGAAGAGUUGGUGUCUUCGAAGAGGGGGCAGUCAGAGGAAGCCAGGAGGACGGCCAAGUUGAGAAGCAGCAUGUCAUCAGUGCGGGGAAACGAGGGGCGGAUGAGAAGGGGAGCUUAGGGGACAGUGAUGCAGAAGAGGAGGGCGAGUGCGAGACUGCCGAUCGAAACUUGACGGACUCGGCUGGGCGGAGCAAACGGGAACUUUCUGGGGCCCCUGCGGCGGACGCUGGUUUUAGGACUUCCCCAGGGAGCGCGGCGCAGCGUCCCUAUCGGCCCGCAGACAGCCCUCCUAGCGGCGCACGAAAUGUGGGGACCGAAGCCAAAAGCCCCGGGGGUCAGCAGUGGUGUCCCAAUCACCCGGAAGGGGACGAGCACGUGCCUCGGACUGUGGACAUGGAGGCGGAGACAGAGCCCGAGAGUGACGUGUCUCACUCAGCGGACUUGGGGGAGGAGGGAAUCGGAAGCGGCGGGGGUGCUGAGGUGGAGAGCGCCCUUGCGGACAAAGCUGCUGACGUCAGCAGUCCAAGGGCCAGUGAAGCGGCGUGGGCACACGAGUCUGUGGGGACAGCGACAGCGUUGGGGCGGCGGGCGGAGGAGGAAGCAACGGGAGAAGAGGGUUUGAUCGGGAGAAAGUUGUGUGAGAUUACUCCCUCUGACGUUAGCAUAUUGAAGGUUAGGGAAGGAGCCGCUUUUGAUCAUCACGGCGGGUCUGAAGCGCAGCGCAUUUUUGAGGAUGACAGUACGGAGCCUCCGGACGUCUUCCCCGCUUCCCCAGCAGAGAGGCAGGAACGUGAGAACGGGCCAGCGAGUUGGCACGGGGAUUCAGGCCCAGAAAGGAAGCCCGGCACCGUCGACUUUGAGGCGGACAAAGGGGGGUGGUUCACGGCGGCUCGCAGCAGGAAGGGUAGCUUGGUGGGGCCCAUGAAGGAACCGGUGAGAGUAGAAGCAAGCGGAGGGAUAGGGGGUGCCGUAUUGACAACCGGCAGGGCUCAGGUGGAGGCUGCGGCUGGGGAGAAAAACGGUGCAACGGGGACGCUGGCAUGUGAUGACAGAGUGAUCGAGGAGACGGAACAGCAGGAGGCGGAUUUGAGGGGGGGGUUCGGGCGGAACGGGUCGGGAGUCCGCUCAAGCUUGGGCACCGGAAGGAGUCGGAGUCUAGGCGCGCAAGAAGAGCAGCCCAGCACUACUGUCGCCGAAUUGAGCAGAUUGAACGGAAAUGUUUCUCGACCGGAUGGCAAAAUAGAUGGUGCUUCUGCAGGGAACGGAGACAGAGCUAGUCCGCGAAGUGGGGCCUCUCCGACAGCGAAAGCGCUCUUAGGGCAGGGCGUGGAAGCAGGGAAAAGGGAAGCGGCAAUGGGCGGUGUGGUGGCACCUGCAGAGGGGAAAGGCCUUCCAGCUGCCGUUGUGAAAGGCGACUCUCCGGUGCAAGUAGCCGGAGCGCAAGAACGGAAGCGGAAGGUAAAGCGAUUGAGCCUGACCCCCUUCAAGCGGUGGAUGGCCACGGAAGAAGGGGAAACCGCCGUUGAGGGGGUUUGCGCAGCAGGUCAUCCGCCCGGUGAACAUGCCGAAGGGCCCGCAGUCCUUUCGGGGGCUGGUGUGAAAGAAACAAAGCGGAAGAUGGGAGAGCUGAAGAAGCUAGCGGCGUUUGGAUGGGAGGCAGAGAAGGUGUCUGCUGUCUCCCCGGGUACUGGAAAGGCCGGCAGAGAGGAGCAACGCGACGGGGAAAUGAAGCAACUAGAGCCGGGAGUUGCCCAGAGCGGGGGACGUUUGCGGUCAGUGUCUGGCGGAAUUGGGGCGGAGUGCGGACGUCCGGAAGAGCACGGCCUAGAGCGAGGGCAGGACCCCCGGGGCGAGAAGCAAGUGACAGGUGAAGCAAAUGUAGCGAGAAAGGUGGUGCCCGGUACGCUGGAGAAAGAUGGGGGUGCGGAGGCUGCCGGCUUGGAGGGCGAGCGGAUCGAAGGGGGGAUUGAGGCCCCGGGGAAACCCGCUGUGAGGAUAUUCGGAAGCGACAGCCUGACCGAGCAGCAGUCUGAGCCACAGUGCUCUGAACCGGACGCUAGGGAGGGGAAAGAAACGGCCGGGAUCGAGCCGGCUGCCACAACCGUUGAUGCAAGCGCUGGAUUAGUGCUAGCUGGGGAGGACGAUUUUGUGUCAGCUUUGGAAGGAGGGGGAGUCGAAGGUUGCACGAGAGAAGAGCAGCCGGGCGGGGUGCUAUCGGGUGAGCAGAAGGAGCCUCCCAUAGUUGGAGUAGAAGCUGCGGACAAGGUGGAAGGAAACAGUCCGAAAGCGUCCGAGAGGGACGGGUCCGGCGCAGUCAGGAAGGGUGGCCUGAUGCCGCUGAAUCAGCACAUGGAUGGCCCGCCCACUAGGCCUCUCAGCGGACGCCUUGGUGAGCGGGGGCGACCAGCCAGCCCUGUUGCACGUCUGCAGCAGUCGCCGAAAGCGCCCCCCCGGGGCACGAGCAGCCCUCCUUCUGCCAGCGAGCGUAGCCGUGGUUCGUCCUGGCUUGGGCGGACGGUAGAGACAAUCUCAGCCGCUUUUAGAGGCCCGGCCGGGUACAAACCGUUGGCUUUUACCCGGUCGAGGGACGCGGUGCCAAACGGGGCCAGUGUUGCGCCAGCUCCGAAAGAUGACACCACGGGGGAGGGAAAAGCCCGGCCACGGAACAAGUCGUGGCCUAUCUGGACCGGGCCGACAAGCAACCCCAACUUGGGGAAGGUUGGAGGCAGCGCCCAAAAGGCGCCUCUUCCGGGGGGCUGCAGGGAGCCUCCCGAGGUUCGAAGAGUUGCUGACGUCAUCGCGGUGCCGUCAGCUCUGGGGGCGAACCGGGGCAGGGCACUGGAGAGCCAGGCACGGCGGCUGGGGCGCUUCGAGGAGUCGGAAGCGGUGCGCGACUGGCCGGCCGGGGAGUUCCUGGUCCCGAGCACCCCCCCUGACACGGCAGCCGAAGAGGACCCCCCGAAAGUAGAGGACAAUGCGGGGGAUCCCUCCAAUCCGGAAGCUGUGCCCCCUGAGGGGCCGGAGGAAGGAGGCCUUGUGCCACAGCGGGGAUUGCUUAUGGGCGGUCUGGAAAGCGCAUCGGGGGACGUCGGGCAGGGCCUUUUCCGCCCGGUGUGCUGCUUGGUGCAGCAAAAGGGCCCGGUCUUGUGGUCGGUGAUCCACGUGGCGGGCCAGGGGGCGAAACUGGGGGUCUGCGUAGAGACGGACAAGGCUCAGCGGAGCGUGUUCGUGUACACUCUUUCCAGGGAGGGGGAGCAGAGCGAAUGGAAAGUGGACGUAGCAGGGGAGAUUGCGGGCACCGUUCGGGCGUCCGAAGAUCCGGAGCAGGUCGCAUCGUCUGGCCCCUUCCUUCAGUUCUCGCCGGACGGAGACGUCCUGGUCCUCAUAGACGCCCUCGCCUUCCAGGAGCUUAGCCCUGCUGAAGCAGCAAGCAAGAGGCCCUGUCUCCGCCUGGUGUCGCUCGUCGAGCAACGGCCGCAGCUGCUCGCCCGGCUGGAUUGCGGGUCCACCAGCAGCAGCCUGCUCGUGACGGGGCCUCGCACGCUUGCGGCGGGAAUGCAGCAGGGGGCGGUUGACUGCUGGACCAUGAAGCCUGACUGGCACUCCUCAGAGGAAAAGUGGACCCUCCCGGUGGCGCGCUACCGGGGCGUCACGUUCCCUGCCAUCAAUCACCUGCUGAGCAUUCCCGGGAGGCCCGACCAACUCCUGGGGUGUUCGGAGAACGGCUCCUUCGCCAUCUGGGACGUCCGCGCUCGUACCUUGCUGUCCACGUGUCACUCGAUGCACUACCUCGCGGCCUCAGCGGCCGUCCUCAGCGGUCCGGUGCUUCUCCCGAGGGAGCCAGUUCGCGUUGUUCAUGCCGGAGCGCCAAUUCACACCACAGCGGAAGUGCACCCACAAGCGGAGGAGGCGGACAGUGUGAAGCCCCUCUGCUUGCUGCUCCGAGCGACGGCCCGGGGGGACCCGGAGAAGGGCGCCGUUUGCCUGCCUGCCCUGUUGAACGGCGACGAGAUAGUCGUAGGGAAGGAGCUUCUGGUCGCCAAAAGAGCCGUCCACGUGGCAACCCUGGGAGCGUCCGGGGUGGCAGCAGACGGUGAGGGGCGCGCCCUCCUUUGGGACGCACCGACCGGGCGGACGGUCGCCGGCCUUAAACUUCCCGAAGGCGCACGAGUAUCCUGUCUUUCCACGCACGGUGGAGCGGGAAUUUUGGCUGUUGGCUGUCAAGCCGGCCAGCUCAUCAUAUACUGUCGAUGUGAAGUUCCUGCGGAAGAGUAGAUCAGCAACUCUGCUGCACAUCGCGGAUGUCCAAUUGCAGGUUCGGUGUUGGUGACGCUUGUCCUGUAGUCGAGCUACAAUUGAAGCUUAUAAGGUCAUGUCUUUCAUUGAUGUCAAAAGCGCAUGCAAAGGAAAGGUCUUCCACGGCUAGUUCUAUUGUGUCGUACUACCGAGGGUUGUUGCAGACAAGGUAACUCUCAUGGG